UACACAAAAACAAAACAAAAACCCUUGAGAAGAAUAAUAAUUACAAAAAAUAAAAAUCCCUGACCAGAAUGCCCCCAUAGGCUUCUCCCUCUAUAAAACCCCUGCCUACUUCUUCUUCCUUCUCUUGACUCCCCUUCCUCCAACACUCUGUCUCGGCCCACCACCAGAGACCAUGAAGAGAUCCCCUCCUCAGCCGUCCCCGUCUCCUUCCUCUUCGCCGGCCUCCUCGUCGUCGUCCCCGUCCUCCUCCGACUCGUCUUCCUCGAUCGCCAUUCCCCGCAAGAGAGCGAGGACGGCGGCGGCGGCGGCGGGCGGCGGCAAGGCCAGGGCGGCGGCCGCCAAGAGGCCCAAGAAAGAUGGCAAGGACUCCGGCUCCUCCUCCAAUGGCGGCGGCGGCGGCGGCGGGAAGAGGAGCUCCAUCUACAGGGGAGUCACGAGGCACAGGUGGACAGGUAGAUUUGAGGCGCAUCUCUGGGACAAGAACUGCUUCACUUCGCUUCAGAACAAGAAGAAAGGCAGGCAAGUCUAUCUGGGGGCUUAUGAUACAGAGGAGGCAGCUGCUCGUGCAUAUGACCUUGCAGCUCUCAAAUACUGGGGUCCUGAAACAACACUAAAUUUCUCAGCGGAUGAUUAUGGGAAGGAGAGGUCGGAGAUGGAGGCGGUGUCGCGGGAGGAGUACCUCGCCGCCCUUCGCCGCCGGAGCAGCGGCUUCUCAAGGGGUGUCUCCAAGUACCGCGGGGUCGCCAGGCAUCACCAUAACGGGCGGUGGGAGGCGCGAAUAGGGCGGGUGCUGGGGAACAAGUACCUUUACCUGGGCACCUUUGAUACUCAAGAGGAGGCAGCCAGGGCCUAUGAUCUUGCAGCCAUCCAAUACCGAGGUGCCAAUGCAGUAACGAACUUCGACAUUAGCCGCUACCUGGACCAGCCACAGUUACUGGAACAACUGCAGCAGCAGCAGGGGCCACAGGUGGUGGCAGCAUUGCAAGAGGAAGCUCAACGUGAUCACCAAAGUGACAAUGCAGUCCAAGAGCUCAAUUCAGGGGAAGCGCAGACACCUGGUGGCAUCGAUGAGCCGAUUGCAAUAGGCGACAGUACUGAAGACAUCAACACCUCCCUUACGGUUGAUGACAUCAUUGAAGAGAGCCUCUGGAGUCCUUAUGAAUUUGAUAUCAUGGCUGGAGUGAACGUCAGCAACUCGAUGAAUCUGAGCGAGUUGUUCAGCGAUGUUGCCUUUGAGGGCAACAUUGGGUGCCUGUUUGAAGAAUGCUCCGGCAUCGAUGACUGCAGCAGCAGGCAUGGUGCAGGUUUGGCAGCAUUUGGUUUGUUUACGGAAGGCGACGAUAAGCUGAAGGAUGUUUCAGAGAUGGAGAUGGAAGUAAAUCCUCAAGCAAAUGAUGUCUCCUGCCCUCCAAAAAUGAUCACUGUGUGCAAUUGAGCAUCCUUGUGCGUGCGUGAGCAUCUUUGUGUUCUGAUGUCCAAGGAGGUUUUUAGCUGUCCAUGUUGGGUAUAUUUCUUAGAAUAGCUUCUUGUAGGCUGUCUGAUCAGGUGGGAGAGAUUCAUGUGCUCCUCCCUAUCCUUUGUGAAAACCCCGAAGGCUGCUGCCAAUUGCCAUGAUAGUGCAGUGUUUCCUUUCUUUUU